UACAUCUACCUAUAGUUAUUUAAAUAAUUGAUUUUUCGCAAUGUAAAAUGUAAUGCAAAAUUACUUAUUUUAAUUACAAAAUGCAAUGAACGAAACGCUCAAUUACAAGAAUCUUUAAUUUUCAGAAGAAAAUAAAAGCCAACAGUUUCGUUUCAUGAAAUUGCCGGUUUUUCCUUUUAUAAUUUAUUUUAGUUGCAAGUACCCAAAAACAUGCACCAAUUAAACUCACAAAAGUCUCUUAAUCUACACAGGAUUAAAUUCACAAUACUUUUAUAAUUUCAACAACUUCUCGUCAUGUAUACAACGGUUUUGGUUGCGUUUCUCGCAUUUGGAACGACAAGUACAGAGAAGGAUCCUUUGAUCUUCAUCGCAAACCCUGUCGAAGCGGACAUGCCAGGACAUUGGAUGCCACUGAGCAUAGUCAAAAUAAUACUCGCAGGAUCAACGAGAAAACCCUUGAAAGUAACCACAACAACACGAACUACCCCGAAGGCGUCAACAACAACAACCACGGAGUCAACAACAACAACAACUAGUGAGCUACCAACAACGUCAACGUCACUUAAAACAACGGAAGCUACAACAGAACCACCUCCAACCGCGUCGCGCCUUUCAAUAAAAAUAACCACUCCAGCGCCAACGACACUAAAGCUAACCCCUAAAAUAACAACGACAACCCCAGUAACAACACCAAUGCCGAAAAUAGCACCAGCACCAAACACAACAACACUAGCACCAGAAACAACACUAGCACCAGAAACAACACCAGCCCCAGUAACAACAACCUCGACGCCAGAAAUAACAACGCCAGCGACAAUAACAACUACGGAGCCACCAACAACAACCACGGAGGCAGCCACGACAACCACGGAGGCAACUACGACAACCACGGAGUCGCCCACGACAACCACGGAGGCAACCACGACAACCACAGAAGUAGCCACAACAACCACAGAAUCAGCCACGACAACCACAGAAAUAGCCACAACAACCACGGAGGCACCUACGACAACAACACAGCCACCUGCUACGACUAAAAAACGCCCGCAUCGUGGAAAAAAAGCUACGGACACCCAUGAAGACCGCCCUUAACUAAUUUAUGCAACUGUUUCAGUUAAUUUUUUAAUUAAUAUUUUACAAGACUUUAAAAGUAUAAUUAUAAUAGUUUAUGUCCACGA